AUGGCGACCGACAAGGGAAUCUACUCAGCAACCUAUAGCAAUGUACCCGUCUAUGAACUCAAGGUUUCCGGUGAUCAUGUUAUGCGCCGACGAUCCGACGACUGGGUCAAUGCUACACACAUCCUCAAGAUUGCUGGCUUCGACAAACCAGCCAGAACAAGAAUUCUGGAACGCGAGGUCCAGAAGGGAGUUCAUGAAAAGAUACAAGGUGGAUAUGGCAAAUAUCAAGGCACAUGGGUCCCUUUGUCUGAGGGCCGUCUCCUCGCUGAAAAGCACGGUAUACUCGAUCGCAUCUCGAAGAUCUUCGAUUUCGUUCCUGGCGAUCGAAGUCCGCCUCCAGCGCCAAAGCACACUACCGCCGCGUCGAGCCGACCAAAACAGAUCAAGCAAUCUGCUGUUCCGAGAAAAGUGCCCACCCAACCUGUUCAGUAUUACCAGCCGGCCGAGAGCUAUGAGAGUGCCAGUGGUCAGUACAACGAAAUGGAGAGCCGAGGGCCCAGCCCGGAAACUGCAUCCUUCAUGGCCGAAGAUGAUUUUCUUCCUCUCUCCCAGAAUUCGACAGCCUCAAGAAAGCGAAAGCGCGACUUUGAAGAACCAGUGGCCACUAUAUCAGAACUUGAACACACCAUUUAUGGCGAUGAAUUGUUGGAUUACUUUGUGACUGCCGGCGACGAUCCGGCUGCUUCCAACAUCCUGCCCCCGGAGCCUCCUGCGAAUUUUGACGUUGAUAGGCCCAUUGACAACCUCGGAAAUAAUGCAUUACACUGGGCCUGUGCUAUGGGUGAUGUGCAAGUUGCUCGAGAUCUAAUUAAUCGUGGUGCCAACCCUGCGGCUCUGAACGAUGGUUCUCGCGAGACUCCUUUGAUCCGAGCUGUUUUGUUCACGAAUAACUACGACAAGCGCACCUUUCCGAAGAUCGUUCACCUCUUGGCCGGAACAAUUGUGGAACGAGACUUUCACGGCGCCACCGUUUUCCACCAUAUUGCGGAAACAGCUCGAUCCCGUGGCAAGUGGAGUUGUGCCCGUUAUUACUGUGAGGUCUUGAUCAACAAGAUGCAAGAAAUGGGCUCGAAUUACGUGCAAGCUCUUCUCACGUCAGUUGAUGCAGCCCAUGAUACGGCCGCUCUAUGCGCCAUUCGCAAUGGAUGUGUCAAGGUAGCCACAUUUCUUCUCAACCACUGCCCAGAAGCGGGUGACAUUCAAAAUCUCAAGGGUGAAACUGCAAAUGAGUACCUCAGAGCUCUUCGCGAGAAGAAAGAGAGCCUCCAGCAACCGGGGUCCUCCCCUCCACGAGCGGGAGAGUCCUUCACGGCCAAAGAGACUCGACGCAAGCGUCAGAAAGAGGCCGUGUCCCGAGCAGCCUCAUUGGUGCUGGAUAAGAUUGGGCCGUUGAUGGACGAAGGGAGCUUCAAGCUGGCUGAAAUGUAUGAUUCUCAGAUAACUGAGAAAGACACGGAGAUUACAGAAGCCAAGCAGGCCUUGACUGAGUUCGAAAAUCAGAGACACAAGAUUCGACAAGAGCUUUUCCAUCUUAUCGCCAAGGCUGAAGACACUUCCAGAAUCCCCGCGUUGCGGCACGAAUAUGAGGCUUGUCUCAAUGAGAUGGAAUCGCUCCUUGAGCAGAAAGAACAUAUCACAAUCCACUCCGAGGUGUAUCAGCAAGACCAGCAAACAAGCCCACAAGCGUUCCGCUUUGCAAAUGCUCAGCCUUUAUCUCCAGAUGAGAUCAACGCAUCCCUACCCUGGGCCGUUGAGCUGAACAAUCAACAGCUGAUCCGCCGCCAUUGGGUGAAAGAGACCGCAAAGCUGAUGGGUGAGGUUGGCACAAGUGAGAAGGUUGGCAAACACAGGAAAUUAGUGGCUAUUGCGACCGGCUUGAAGGAGGAUGAACUGGAUAGCAUGUCAGAAGAACUGCUGGAAAGUUUGCAGGCAAGUCAAGGGAAUGCACCACAAACUCCACUACACAUAAUGUCUGGUGUCUCUGCUUGA